CUGAUCCUACCGUCUCUUUCUCCUACUUGUUGAUUGAUCAGGGCUUGCUCUUUGUAAAUUUGUUCUGCUAUUUUUCCUGUAGGCCUCUUCUUCUACAAUCUGCAACCAAGAGAAAAGGCUCAUAUCACUGUGACCACAAUGGAUGAUGCUAAUAGUAGUGUAUCAAAUCAAGAGGAUGAAGAUGUUGGCAACAUGGCUCGGACUGUACUGAACCGGAAUCCAGGUAAAGACAAGGGCAAGAGACGUUGUAUUGGCUCGGAGAAGAAACUGUUAAAGCCAGCCAUGGAAGAGUCAUUGAUGCUGAAUAGGCCUCUUAAGAGGGUCAGAAGCUUGGAACAUCAAAUCCCAAUUCAACGACCUUCUCAUUUCAUCCAUCAAAUGGCUCCAAAUCCUAUUUCUUCUCCAGCUUCCUUAAGGUUUGGUCUUCCCUUUUCCAUGCCAACCCAUGUGGAGCAACAAAUGAUCUCUUUUUCACCAAAUGACUCUGAGUUGGAGCCUUACUCGAACCAUAGGCUUCUCCAGUAUUGGAGCAGUGUGCUUAAUCUAAGUCCUCGAGGAAGAACGAUGAUGCCAACAAUGCUGACAAAUGGACUAGUCCAAGAUGGAGGUGGUGUUUUUAGGCCUUCAACCAUUGGUCCGCCCAACGCCAAGCUCUACAGAGGAGUGAGGCAACGCCAAUGGGGCAAAUGGGUGGCUGAGAUACGUCUCCCUCGCAACAGGAGGCGCCUAUGGUUAGGCACAUUCGACACAGCAGAGGAGGCUGCUUUGGCCUAUGACCGAGAGGCCUUCAAGCAAAGGGGAGAGAAUGCACGCCUGAAUUUCCCACAUCUUUUCAUCCACCAGAAAAGUGAAGAUAUGGGAGCCUUAAUGGCUUCAAAUUCAGCUUCUUCAUAUUUCUCCCAUAUCACCAAUAAAAAUCCCCUGCCCCAACAGAACCAACAGCAUCUCCAGCAAGUCCAAGGAGAGACCAAUUCACCAGUUUGGCAAAUGGGAAUGGUGCCUUCAGCUCUUGGGCAUAGUCCUAAAAAAGAUUUGGCCAAGCCCAGCUUUAAGGGCAAGUGUCCUGCUGAUCUACGAUCAAGCGAGAUCACGGUCCAGGCUCAGGCACUCACACCAGGUUCUGGAACAGGGGAAGGCAUAUCAGAAAUUUCCAAUCCUGUAUGGGGUGAUAUGACAGAGACUUGGUACAAUUCAGUUUCAGCAGGUAUGGUUCCUGUUAGCCCAUUAUGGGAUUAUUUUGAUGCUGCAAAUCAUCUAUUACCACAACCCAGAACAACUUUCCCUAGCUCUCAGCCACAGGACAGUAGUAGCACUACUGUCCAACAGCCCCAAGAUAAUUAUGCAGCCUGAGCUUCAUUGUCUCCCUCUCUGUCUACCCUCACUGGCUGCUGCAUUUUCAAUGAACAGCCAAUGAUCAGUUACAAAUUCUCUCAACUUCAUUUCACGAAUCAAAACCUCAAUCCCACCAUAUCCCAGUCAGCUGCUUCUCUAUUCUGAUAAUUCUACACAUUCUUACAUCUUGUCUACACAUCUGAUUUACUAGCAACCAAAUGCUAACUCUCUUGUAGAAUGGUUGUUAUUGUAUAUUUAUGUCAUCUGGCACAUAGGAUUUGGGGACGGUUUCAUUAGCCCCUCUACUUUGGUCCAUAAAUCGCAAGCUCUGAUACGAUCCAAGACUAUGCUUGCAGCUUGUACAGUGGUUUUCAUCUUGUUAACAUGGUGUAUAUUCUCUGUUUUUAUAAAAAGGCAAAAAAGAUUAGAUGAAAUGAGUCAUCCCCAGUUGAAAUU